GAUGCCGGUUAGAAGGGUGGGGUUGAUGAAUAGGCUCAGAUUGCGCCUGCUCGGUUUUAGAGUCUGGGGGGUGUGUGCUGCCCCGAUGGUUUAAAUCCUACACAUGCGUACUGGAUUUCGGGGUUCAAGGGAAUAGAGUACGCCAUAUUGGAAAUACUGUAGUUUAGCUAACAGUUUAUAGCUAGCGGGGUAAAGGGCCACUAAUUGAUUCCCGUUGGUCGGUUGUGGCGUUUGGCACGUCGUUAUUUUCCCUGUCGUUUCGCGUAACCCAGUUUACAGGCAUAUUCUCGCAGUCCGGACUCAAACUUAUCCGCUGUACGGGGGGGAAAGGCGUUCGUUUGUUUGACAGGGCUGUUAGAACGUCAAGUUGAAUGGAUCCGAGGGUCGCUUGGAUUCAGCCGGAACAGAAAGGUCCUGCGAACGCUUUAUGGAUGCGUGUGUGGGAAACGUCUCAGGUAAACCGGACUAACACAGGUCAGCACCAGAGCCACCAUCACCACAACAACUUCUAUGGCAAUUCUCCGGCGUCUGACUUUUAUAAGACUGUAGCGUCCAAUGCAAAUAACAGCACUAACAUUAAAAACAACGGCACUGCGAUCACGGGCAGCGGCUCUGUGGCUCACCCGUUAAAUGGAAACACGGGAGACGGCGAAAUGACCCAAAAGACCGGCUCGGUGGCGGAUUUGGCGUCCAGCUGCUCUAAAAUAAGGACUACAAGCCCUAAUGUGAUCGCUGGAAAUAUGAACAAGGGCCAUCCAUUUUUUACUUGCAGCGAAAACGUGCUGAAUAACGUCAACCAUCAUCAUCAUCUUCCUCAUAUACGGCAUUUCCAUCAAGAGCAGCAGCAGCAGAGUUGCAUGAAGCGCCAUCCGUCCCAUCCGGCAGCGAUUCACAACCACCAUCACCAACACCAUCAUCCGGGCCGGAGGAAAAGCGAUAAUAAGGCCAGCACCUAUGGGAUAAACUAUUUGCUCUCCAACUGGACUAACGGCAAUUAUGAGAACUCCGGUACGCCGUGGAAGACAAGGAAAUAUAACCCAGGGGUUGACGGGUUGCAUGAAGAAAUCAUGGACUUUUACAAGUUUAUGUCUCCUCGUCCUGAGGAAGCCACCAUGAGACAGGAGGUAGUGGACAGGAUAGAGACGGUUAUCAAGGAGUUGUGGCCAACCGCUGAUGUCCAGAUUUUUGGCAGCUUUAGCACUGGACUCUUUCUCCCAACCAGUGACAUUGACCUGGUGGUGUUUGGGAAAUGGGAGAAACCUCCCCUGCAGCAGUUGGAGCAGGCCCUCAGAAAACACAAUGUGGCAGAACCCUAUUCCAUCAAAGUUCUUGACAAAGCUACGGUACCAAUCAUCAAACUGACAGAUCAGGAGACCGAUGUGAAAGUGGACAUCAGUUUCAACGUGGAGACGGGCAUCAAAGCUGCUAGCUUCAUCAAAGAAUAUGUGAAGAAGUAUACCGUGCUGCCUUAUUUAAUCUUCGUGCUGAAACAGUUCCUGCUACAGCGAGACCUCAACGAAGUCUUCACAGGGGGAAUCAGUUCUUAUAGUCUCAUCCUGAUGGUCAUCAGCUUCUUACAGUUACACCCAAGAAUUGAUGCCAGGAAUCCCAACAUGAACCUUGGCAUUCUGCUCAUCGAGUUCUUUGAGCUGUAUGGAAGACAUUUCAACUACCUGAAGACAGGCAUCAGGAUAAAGAAUGGUGGUGCUUACAUGGCUAAAGAGGACAUCAUGAAGGCCAUGAGUAAUGGCUACAGGCCCUCCAUGCUGUGUAUUGAGGACCCUCUUCUUCCAGGUAAUGAUGUGGGCAGAAGCUCUUAUGGUGCCAUGCAGGUGAAGGAAGCUUUUGACUAUGCGUAUAUAAUACUGGGUCACGCCGUCUCGCCUCUUGCACGUUCUUACCCCAACAAAGACAGUGACAGCACUUUGGGCCGCAUUAUUAAAGUCACCCAGGAAGUCAUUGACUACAGAGAGUGGAUCAUAAAGAAGUGGGGUGGCAGACACAACUCCCGCAUGGAGAGGAAUCCUGGUCCAUCUCAUAAAGACUCAGUGGAGCAGGUGGAGACGGUCACACUGCUGAAUGUAGGUGUGGAGGACCAGCAGCAGAGGGACUCGGUGUCCCCUCACAGCGCAGACUCGCCCAUGUCCCUGUCCAGCCCUCAACAGCACUCCUCUGCUUCUUCUGCGUCCUCGCUGUCAGGCAGUGAUAUCGAUUCUGACUCCACACCGUAUGUCACUCCACCUGUAGCCCCCUUCCCUCUCCAGAUUCUGGCACCGGGACCCCUGCCAUCAGCGCUUCAGAUGGGUACGGGCAAAGCCAACAUCACGGCAGCACUCACCAUGCCUCCGGCCAACCAGGCGAGAGUGUCAAUCCCAGGCAAUCUUUCUCUCCACGCUCUACCUGGCAGACAGGUGUGUAUGGCAGAUGGACCACCCCCAUAUCACCACAUGCCCCCCCCUGCAGUCCCCCCAGCUUCCCCCAGCCCUCUACCCAGUCCCCACCACCAUCCAAAGAUGCACCAAUCCUGUUCAAACGUUUGGGGCAGGUCCCAAAUUCCCUCUGAAGGGCUUCCACAAUCCCGCCGUGGUGCACAGUCCUGGCAUUUCCAACCGAGGGCACAUUCAGUACAACCGCAACACCUGGCGGCGCAGGAAGAGGGACAGUUUGCCGGCCAGCGUCAGCAGAUAAAGACGACACGGCUCCCCUCUGGGCGCUCCCUCUACACUUGCUUCCUCUUCCACCCCUCUGGUCCCAUCUUAAAACGAUGAGAACUCAUUUACCCUCCUACUGAUGGUGUGUGAGCACAGAGAGACCAGCGUUUGAAACCCAGCUCCUCGUUCAGUAGUUGUGGUGAUGGUGGUGCUAAGUAGUUCAGUCUGCCACUGAAUCUGUGCAUGUAUAUGUUGAGACUGAUGUUUUUUUGACCUGUGCAAUCUUCCUGAGGAAGCUUCGAGAACAGGAACUGUAUUUCCGGUAGUCUACUCCACAACUUCCAGGUUGACAGGUGAAACGUUCCCUUUUUUUUUGUAUGUGUUUCAUGCUCCUUGUUUUCCUGUCUUCACAUUUUUGGUCUAAACGUGACACCCUUCACUUGUGGGACGAACUAGAUUCAGUGGAUUUCAAGUGUUUGUUUGUUGUAUCGGGUGAAGAUGUGUGUUUCAAAGGUGACGAGUGUGUAUGUGUGUGUAACGCUGGCUUCAAAUUCUGCACUUGAGAUGCUUCCAGAGAUCCCCACCCGUAUUGACUGUAUACAUCACGCAACCUUUACUUUUUUGUGCAAUAAUUUCUCUUUUUCUGUAUUUUUCCUUCGCUCUGGAAACAUAUUUAAUUUUUUUGGUUUUGUUUUUCCAUGUCCAGCCUUUUGUUUGUUUGUUUUGUAAAAAUGUUUUUAUUUUUGUAACGUUUUUAAUUUUCUUCAUCGUUUACAGAUCCUGUCAGACAGGCUCCUUAAGGGAAAAAGUCUGUUUUAAAACUGUUUUUGAGAGUUUAUAUUCCCUCUUCCCCUUUUUCUCGGCAUAAAUUGCACCUGGUCAAGAGCAAGUUAAAGCAGCCAGUUUAGACCUCGCAGAACGACUUUCCACUCUUUGCCAACAGGUGUUGCCAUUUCUCACUUUGUGUUCCUACAUUGAGCUUCAGAAACUCAGCUGUUGCUUUUAUUCGUCUCGUACGUUUGUCUUUAAGGUCGUAGUUGUGUGGCAUUGAGGCUGUAGGACUUGGGUUUAUCAGAUUGAGAAUCGAAAAAAAAAAAGCUCGAGCUCUUGGUCCGAAUGCGCUUUCAUUUAUGUGUGUGUCUGUCCUUUUAAAAUCGCUAUAGGUAAGUGUGAGACGUGAAUUAUUUUAGGGAAGCUCUAAUGAACGUGCGAGCGGACUCCAGAUCAGUGCAGCUUUAUGCAAGGUGCCCUAAUCGGACCUAGUUCGACUUCUGAACGGGCACCCGAAUCAGACUAGCGGAGAAAGGGAAUUUAUUUUGAUUCCUUUCUGGAAUCUUGAUGUGCAUUUAUUUCCAGGUACUUGCGCUAAUAUAUGCCUUUUUGGUAAUAACCUAUUCCUGUACUGUAUUGAAUUUGUUUUUGUUCUGUUUGUAUAUGGCACACUAAAACUGUAUUGCUGUUGCUCAGAACGUCACAGGCAUACAGGUUAUUGUUACUAUGCAAGUGGAGUUUUGAAAAUCUCUCUUCCUGUGUCCCUCAUGACGGCCAUUUGCUUGUAAAUCUUGUUGAGAAACUAAACCGGAGUGACCGUUAACGGACCCAGGCCUGAGAUCGACGCAUCAAGGUACAUGUGAACAGUUCCUGUAUGCAAGUUCAGUCUGUUUUAAUGGAGGAAAAACACCUGGACGUCUUGUCUGGAGUUUUUGCAAUGCAAAUAUUUCCUCCUGGAGAUCAACCGGACUACACUUACUGCUGUUACAACGCUACAACCAUGUCCUGGAGUCUGUAUUGAAUGACUUUGACUUGUGUGAUGCAUUUUACAGAGUCAUAUCUGAUACGGAGACUAUACGGAUUGUCCUUGUAACUCUUGACUCGCCUGCCUAUCAAUGCAAUAGGGCAAAUGUAACUCUAAUAGCAGUUUCUGCUUUUAGAUAGAACCAGCAUCUUUUGCAAAAUGAGUCAGACUUUAAGGCAUCUCUCCCCCUCCUUUGGUUCAAAUAAGGACCUACUUUAUCGGUGAUUUGUCCAAAUGAAAAUGGCUCCCUGUUUUUCCUGAGUGAAUCUGUAGAGGUGUGUUGGAAAGGUGGAAGUAUUUCACUCUAAUGGCUUGACCUUUGUGGUGAUGUACUGCUUGAUACAGUGUGACACUCCUCAUUGAAAAUCAAUGAUGGAUUUUAAAUGUAACUUUUUUUUUUUUUCUUUUUUCUUUUUUUUUUUUGCUGACGUCUGUCAUGUCGCAGUGGCCAAAAGCACUCUUGAACUGUCAAUCCUUAUACUGAAAGUCCCUCAAUGUGGCCGCCAAGCAUCCAAGAGGUCAGACGGAGGAAUUGUUUUGUUUUCCUUCAAUAUUUUUAUGUAAUUUUUUUUUCUAUUUUAUUUUUUAAAUAAACAUCUUAAAACCA